AAUAGGGAUGGGGAUCGAAGGGAUGGUCCUGGGUGCCUGCAAUGCCCUGUUUCUAUUUUGUGAUGAAUCACUGAGUUGUUCUUGUUGGAGCCUAUUCUUUGUAUCUUAUGUUCCCCCCACCCAAAUGUGUUAAGAGAACCAACAUAGGUGGAAGGAGGCACCAGAACCUCCCAGAACCUCCUCCCAGCCCCCAGGCACACAGUUAAACAUAACCUUCUGUGAAUUCGGGUGCACGUCUCUUCUCUCACCAAAUCAUCCCCACCUGGAGAGUGGAUGACACCCAGCUGGCAUUCCUCACUCCCUGUCUCCUGCACACCUGACUCCUGGGACCAGAGCCGUCACGGGCAAAGCUCCAGAGGUUGGCAGACCCCACCACCCUCUGGAGCAAUGGAAAAAAGGGUGAGAUACCAGCGGUGAAGAAAUCGUCCUGGCACCCAGACAGCUGCAACGAAGGGGAAGUUUCUACCCCUUUCAAAAUUGGUCCCUUUUCCUCUGCCCUUCCCCCCAUACCAACCCUGUGUACAGCCACAGCUUCAGUUUCCCAUGUGUCCUUUGUGACAGUCUCCCCUCAAUGUCCUUGGAAUCUUCGUCUCCCCUGCUUGAGUGUCCCCUGUGCCCAGUCUUCCUAGGACACAACCUCCAACCUCCAACCUUCCUAUGAACAGCACCUCCCUCUGCCUGUGUGUCCCCUGUCACAGGGAGCUCUGGGUACCGACACCUACUGUUUCCUUGCUGGACAGUGACUCCAGGGGCCGUGCCUGGGGCUAGUGUGUGGUCUCAUGAGCAGGGAGGGGAGGCCUACCAUGUGGAUUCCAAGGGAGGGAGGACAGUUGACCUCCUCACACCUCCACCCCUGGCCUCCCCCAUCUCUCAGGUCCCUAUGUCCCCACAUGAGUUCCACAGACAUGUACAGCCUGUGAUUCAGGUGGUCUGGCCCAAAGGAACCCUUUUUCACUUUGCAAAAAAAAUGACCCCAGAAGGGGAGGGGCAUUGGCAGGAAGGAAGGAGAUGGGGCUCGAGCCCUGCACAGGGUGUGAAUUUGGGCGAGGCUCUCACCCUCUCUGGCCUCUAGGCCCAGGGUCCCCAGCAGUGGAGAUGCGGUGGUGGAUGGCUGAUUCCCAAGGGCUGCCCCGGCCCUGACAGCGUCUGCGUGCGAGGUUCCUUCUCUGACGAGGGCCACUGUUCUGACAUCACUGUCACCUUCCUGUCGGGGCCUCCUCUCAGUCUUGCAGCUCUUAGCUUCUGAGAGACAAACCCGGAGAAACAGGCUCCCCGGGGACCCGGCACCUCCAAGCCCAGACAUGCUUCUGCUGCUGUUGGCCCUGCUCUGGGGGAGGGAGGGGGCCGAGGGCCAGAGGGGGGCCGAGAGGGGCCCACAGGGGGAUUACAGGCUGCAAGUGCAGGACGCAAAGGGGCAGGAGGGCCUGUGUGUGCGAGUUCCCUGCAAAUGCUUGUAUCCCCGGAAAGGCUGGUCUGAGUCUACCCCAGCUCUCGGCUACUGGUUCCGGAAAGGGGCCGGUGUACAACAGGAUGUUCUAGUGGCCACAAACAACCCAGAUGGAAAAGUGUGGCAGGAGUCCCAGGGCCGAUUCCGCCUCUUCGGAAACCCCCAGGACUACGACUGCUCCCUGGACAUCAGAGAUGUACGGAGAGGGGACUCGGGGACAUACGUCUUCAGGGUGGAGAGAGGGCCUUCUGUGAGAUAUACUUACACACAUGACCAGCUCUCCGUGCGUGUGACAGGUAAGGAGCAGAUUGUGGGAGAAGCCACAGGGGAAGGUUGGGGGUCCCAGGACAACCCGGGAGGGGCUGGGGGUGAUGCAUGUUGGGGCUCAGAGGCAGGGGCUGGACCAAAGCUUGAGGCUUCUCUCAAGGCUGCACCUCGGACCCUCCUCCUGAUCCCCGUGUCUCCCCAUCUCCCCCCAGCCCUGACCCAGACACCUGACAUCCUUAUCUCGGGGACCCUGGAGUCUGGACGCCCCAGUAACCUGACCUGCUCUGUGCCCUGGGCCUGUGUGUGGGGCACGCCCCCCAUCUUCUCCUGGACAUCAGCAGCCCUCACCGCCCUGGGCCCCAAGACCCACUUCUCCUCUGUGCUCACCCUCACCCCACGGCUGCAAGACCAUGGCACCGACCUCACCUGUCAGGUGACCUUGCCUGGGACCGGAGUGACCACAAUGAGGACCAUUCACCUCAACGUGUCCUAUUCUCCGUGGAACUUGACCGUCACUGUCUUCCAAGAAAAUGGCACAGCACCCACAGCCCUGGAGAAUGGCUCAUCUCUUUCAGUCCUGGAGAGCCAGUCCUUGCGCCUGGUCUGUGUCGUCAACAGCAACCCCCCCGCCAGGCUGAGCUGGGCCCGGGGGCACCUGACCCUGUGCAGCCCGAACCCAGGGGUGCUGGAGCUGCCUCGGGUACAGGAGAGAGAUGAAGGGGAAUAUACAUGCCGAGCUCAGAACGCGGUGGGCUCCCAGCACAUCUCCCUGAGCCUCUUGCUGCAGAGAAAAGCGUGGCCUUUAUCAGAAAGGCUGCUGGGGGCAGUCGGGGGAGCAGGUGUAACGGCUCUGAUCCUCCUGGUUCUCUGCAUCAUCAUCAUCCUAGUGAGAUCCCACAGGAAAAAAGUGACAAAGCCUUCAGUGGGCACCAAGAAUACAGGCAUGGAGAGUGCAAACGUUGUCACGAGGUCAGGGUCUCAGGGUCUCCUGAUUGAAGCCUGGGCAGGCAGCCUUCCCCCAGAUGCCGCCACCCCCUCCUUACGGGAGGAAGAAGAGCUCCAUUACGCAACACUCAACUUUCACCAGACAGAGCCUUGCUGCCCACAGGAACAGGUGGCCCCUAGUAUUGAGUACUCAGAGAUCAGGAUUCACAAAUGAGAGACGGCUGAGACCCCGCCCUGGCUUGAGAGAUCUUGGCCCCUGAAGGGCAAAGAAAAAGUCAGGGGCCAAUUCCUGUAGACUUAGAAGCCCUCCAGUUGAUGAGCUGUGAGUACGACAGAAAGAACACAAGCUUUGUAAACAGAGUAUUUCAAGUGCAAAGUCAUAUGCUGUGCCUUUACCAAGUAAGCGACAGACCAAUCCCUGCCUUUCUGUGCCUCAGUUUCCUACUCUGUGAAAUAGGGAUGAGAAGCCUACCUGUAAGCUCAUGGUGAGAAAUUUAUAUAGAAAUGCAAGGGACCUAGAAUAGCAAAACAAUCUAGUGAAGGAAGAACACGGUUGGAGAAAUCCGACUUUACUAUAAAGCUAGAGUAAUCAAGACACUGUGGUGUAGAACGGAAUCAAGUCCGUAAACAGAGUGUGUGUAUAUGGUCACUUGAACAGCACCAAGUCAAUUCAGUUGGGAGAGGAGGGACUUUUCAACAAGUAGUGGGAGAACAAGUAGGUCAAGGUUUAGAAACAAUGAAACUUGACCCCUUUUUCACAUCACAUGCAAAAAAUUAGUUUGAAAUGAAUCGUAAACCUAAAAGUAAAAGGGAAAACUAUAAAUAUUUUAUUAUUGUGCUGCCCAAUAUGGUAACCACCAGCCACACAUGGCCCUGGAGAGGUGCUACACAUAGUAUGCAAAAAAAAAAAAAAGAUAAAAGAUCCCAUUAACAAUUUUUUGUAUUGAUUACCUGUUGGAAUGAUAAUACUUUGGAUAUACUGGUUCUUUUAGACUAUUAUUAAAAGUAAUUUCAUUUGUA